UUGUACCUACUUCGAACUCGCGCGCGCGUGCGUACGAAACUAGUCCGUUCUCACUACCGUGACUGCAGUGAAGAGGAGGAUUUAUCGCCGGCGACACGUCUCGUCUGCGAUUUACGCUUAUUGCAGUGACCACAUAAUCGUAUGGAAUUAUUGACCAUUAAUUACACAUUCAGAUGACGGCUGCGGCGGGCAACAAGCGCGACCACUGUCCCUCGCACUCAUACAUGGUUGCGUCGUAAAAGUAGCGCUAUACUGCGCUGUCCGAAAGCCGUACCGCGCGCAAGUUCGUCGUCGUGUAUAACAGCCGGUCAAAGUUUCGUCCUUACUAGUGCCCGCGGUUUGAAAUCGAACAAUUCGCGCCUCGCGGUACGAACGUCCCCAAAAACGACGUCGCGGUACACCUGCUGAGACACAAAAUCCGGCAACGGCGCAGCGCACGCACUGUCCGGGGACCGUAACAAAUGUGCGUGUGACACUCCGUUACAGCGUUGCCACGGUUAGCUCCGGAACGUAUCCGUCCGAACAGCCCGCCACCGUCCAUCGUUGGAUUCUAAUCAAUGAUGCGUGUUUUCCUUUCUCUCUUCCACCGAAUAACAAUAAUAACAAUAAAUAAAUAAUAUAAGAACUUAAAGUUGUAGUUAUUUAGUGCUUGCUUAUAGUGCUUGCUGUUGUCCGUUGUACACUUAUUCGGUGUCUAAGAUCUCUGGUCUUCGAAUACUUCCCGAGCGUGUAAGUGCGGUGUGGUUUAUUACGUUUCUGCUCCCGUGCAAUGGAGGUGGACGAGUUCGAUUCGGGCCGUUCGUCGUCAACAAUUUCGUCGAUAAACAGCUUGUUCUCGUUUACCAGCCCGGCCGUUAAGAAACUGUUGGGCUGGAAGCAGGGUGACGAAGAGGAAAAAUGGGCUGAAAAAGCCGUCGACGCACUUGUCAAGAAACUGAAGAAAACGAAAGGCGCUAUCGAAGAGUUGGAAAAAGCGCUUAGUUGUCCGGGACAACCGAGCAAGUGCGUCACCAUACCGAGAAGUCUUGACGGACGAUUGCAGGUGUCGCACCGUAAGAGCUUACCUCAUGUCAUAUACUGCCGUGUUUGGCGAUGGCCAGAUCUCCAAACCCAUCAUGAACUUAAGCCUCUUGACCACUGUCAAUUCCCGUUUUCUACUCAAAACAAACAGAAAGAUGUUUGUAUUAACCCUUAUCAUUACAAACGUGUUGAAAGUCCUGUGCUACCUCCUGUAUUGGUACCAAGACAAAGUCAGCUACCCCCUAUGAUGUUCCGUCAAAUGCCGGAAAAUCUUCAAUACAAUAAUUAUAAUCAAGGACCCAAUUCUCCAUCAUCAAGUCCUCCGCCAAAUAGUCCCUUUCAGAGCAGCGCACUAUCAGAAUUAGGAAGUUCUCCUGGGCCUGAUGAAAAAGCUAUGAGUCCCACAUCUGGAACACAAGUUUUGUACCAGGAACAAGCUAGUUGGGCAAGCAUAGCAUACUAUGAAUUAAAUAGUAGAGUUGGAGAACUAUUUCAUUGUCAAUCUCCUGUUGUAGUUGUGGAUGGUUUCACUAAUCCAAGUAAUAAUUUAAACCGAUUUUGCCUUGGACAACUUUCUAAUGUAAAUCGAAAUCAAACAAUUGAAAACACUAGGCGACAUAUCGGAAGAGGCAUUCAAUUACAUUACAUCGGCGGUGAAGUAUAUGCAGAGUGUUUAUCAGACUCUGCAGUUUUUGUACAGUCACGUAACUGCAAUCACCAUCAUAAUUUUCAUCCAUUAACUGUGUGUAAGAUACCAGCUGGAUGUUCUUUACGUAUAUUCAAUAAUCAACAAUUUGCAACUUUACUCACAGAAUCUGUGAAUUCAGGUUAUGAAGCCGUAUUUGAGCUCACAAAAAUGUGCACAAUUAGGAUGUCAUUUGUGAAAGGCUGGGGCGCUGAGUAUCAUCGACAAGAUGUUACUAGCACACCUUGUUGGAUUGAAAUCCAUUUAAAUGGACCGUUACAAUGGUUAGACAAAGUUUUAUGUGCCAUGGGAUCCCCUCACAAUGCUAUAUCAUCUGUUUCAUAGUCCAACGUGCUUUUCACAUUUAUUUGUCUAAUAUAAAGGUGUUUUUUUUUGUUUUAACUAAAUUUUCAAUAUGACUUAUAUACACAUAAGUUGUAUACAAUAUUAGUAAAAUAAUUUUGCUACAAAAUACCAGGUAUUUUUAUAUUAAAUAAACUUAUGAAAUUUAACUUUUUGUAAAUUAAAAUUAGUUUAUUUUGCUGUACUAUAUGUUUGGUGCUCGCUAUUCUUAUUACUAUAUUUUUUUUUUUUGUUAAAGACCAUUUAUUUGUUGUGUUUUUUUUAUCCUAAAUAUUUAAAGCUUUUUAAAAAAAAAUUGAAAUAUGUUUGAGACUUGAGAGAUAUAUUACAUAUUUUCUUCUAAAAUUUAUUUGACAUAUUAGUUAUACAUUUUGUAAAAAAGGUAUGGUAAUAUUAUUAUGCUCUCUAAUCAAAUAUAUUAUAUUUGUUUGAUGAAUUAUUGCUAGCAACUAAGUAAUCUCACUACGAAAGCGCAAUAAUAUACAAUUUCUAAAACUUGUUUUACACCUUCCAAGUAUACAUGAAAAUUAUAGAGGAAAAAUUUAUCUAACCUUUUUCAAAAAAAUACUGUCCUCUUUCACGCAUGACCCUUCAGUUUUUGCCAUUUGAGUGGGCAUUAUUAUUCUGAAUAAAGUAUAGAUCUGUAGCUAAUUAACAAUUUUUUAUAUUUUAUAUUCUUAUUAAUUAGUUAAAUCAUUUCAAGAAUAAAAUGUUAAAAUACUUAAAAUUUAUCAUAAAAUAUUGUUUACUUGAAAUAGGAUAUUAAUAAUAGGGAAGACGAAUGUAGAUAAAAUUCUCCUCCAUAUUUUUUAUAAUAGGUAUUUUUACUGUAAGACCCUUCAGUAUGCUGUAUUCUUGGAAGGUGUAAAAUAUGUCAUUCUGUAAAAAAGAUGUGUAGGUACUCAUAUAUUUUUUUCUGUUGCUUUUAUUUACUGAUGGUUGCAUACUUGCAUAUAAUAUACAAAAUGAUAACUAUGUAUUGAGAAGUUGAAUUUUCCGCUAUUUUCUUUUUAACCUAUAUUGCAUACUUAUAAAUUAUAACGUUCAAAUUUUAUUAUCAAUAAUUAUUUUAGUAAAUUACAAUUGCUCAUUCAAUAUGUUCAUUUUAGUUUAUUUAUAACUUAAAUAAUGGUAUGCUGCUUACAAUGACAGUAUAAACCAUAUACAGGGUGUUUUAUGAUGUUUUUUCUUUGUUUCUUUUAAAUAGUGGGGCAACAAUGUAAUUUUGUAGCUUGUCUCAAUCGGAAUAACAUAAAACAAUCUGUAAGUUAAUAAUUUUGUAAAGUCGUUAUUAUUUUAUAGUACUAUAGUAGGCGUGCAAUAAUGAGAAUAUUAUGUAAGCUGUAUAUUUAUAUUGUUGAAUUUUAAAUAAGAGUUUGUUCAAUGUUCCCAAUGCGUUCAGUAAUGUAAUAUUUAUGUUUGGUUUAUUAUUAUAUUACAUAUAUUUUUUUUAGUUGUAUACAUUAUUCCUAAACUUUUUAGUUUAUUGUCUACAAAUAUUAUUCAUAAAUAUGUUAUAUUGAUCUUAUUUUAUAAAUAUUUCGAAUGUGAACCAUAGUUUUUUUGUGAAAAAAAAAUAUAUUUUGCUAGAAAGACGAUA